CUCGCUAAACCUCAGUGCGAAAAAGUUUUCGGAGAUGGGGGAAUGUGGAGUGCGCUUUCUUCAUUUACAUCGAAUUAAUGGAUUAAGAGCGAUUAGUUUUCGGAUAUAACGAUAUAAAACAUUAGAUAAAGUAAUCUGGAAAGGACUUUUAGGGCUGGAAGUUUUACUUAAAGAUUUUAUAAUCUUUUACCUGCGCGAUUUUGUAAAAGGUUUUUUGAGACUUCUGGGAUUUUAGAGGUUUUCGAAAAUGUCCGCGACGAAGUUUUUGCUCAUUGAGAAGAUGUACCCCAUCAUUUUUGUGCUGCUUUCAGCCUUGGAAUUUUCUUAUGGAAAUGGUGAUGACAGUAAUCCGUGUCCAUCUCCCUGCACAUGUGUUGGAGGUUUACUUGACUGUAGUCGACUGAAGCUGAGAAAAAUUCGGGAUGAUCUUCCUUCGUGGGUCGUUCAGCUGGAUUUGAGUCAUAACAAAUUACAGUCCGUCGAUGGAAGUUUGUUUGCAAAACUGCGGCAUCUAAAUGACUUGAAACUAAAUAACAAUGAACUGGAUUCAGUGCCAGAUUUGGGACCUUACUCUGAGAACAUCACACAUCUUAAUUUAGCAAACAACAGGAUCUCGAAAUUACUGCCCGAGAGGCUGCAGCCUUUUCGGACCCUGGAUACGCUGGACCUCAGCAACAACAACAUUGCGGAAGUGAAGGCCACGUCUUUCCCCGAGCUGCCGCUAAAGCACCUAUCCCUCAGCAACAACCGCAUCUCCACCCUGGAGUUUGGCUGCUUCAGCAACCUGUCUGGCACUCUACAGGUCCUCAAGCUGAACAGGAACCGCCUGUCCUCCAUCCCGCCCAAGUUCUUUCAGCUACCAAACCUCCUGCAUCUGGAGCUGAGCAGGAACCGAGUGAGGCGGGUGGACAGCCUCAGCUUCCAUGGACUCCAUUCGCUGAAAUCCCUGAAGAUGCAGAGGAACGGCAUCAGCAAGCUGAUGGACGGCGCCUUUUGGGGGCUGAACAACAUGGAGAUAUUGCACCUGGAUUACAACAACCUGACGGAGGUGAGCAAAGGCUGGCUGUACGGCCUGCUGAUGCUGCAGGAGCUCCACCUGGGCCAGAACUCCAUCAGCAGAGUCCGGCCCAACGCCUGGGAGUCUUGCCAGAAGCUCAGUGAGCUGGAUCUAACGGCGAACCACUUGACGCGUCUGGACGAGGCGACUUUCGUGGGCCUCAGCCUGCUGGACAAGCUGGACAUCGGCAACAACCGCAUCAGCUUCAUUGCUGACGGAGCUUUCCGGGGCCUCUCGCGCCUGCAGAUGCUGGACUUGAAAAACAACGAAAUCUCCUGGACCAUCGAGGACAUGAACGGACCUUUCUCGGCGCUGGACAGCCUUCGAAAAUUGUUCCUUCAGGGGAAUCAAAUCCGGUCUAUUACCAAGAAAUCCUUCUCUGGACUGGACACCCUGGAGCACCUGGACCUGAGCAACAACGCCAUCAUGUCCAUCCAGGCGAACGCCUUCUCGCAGAUGAAACAUCUUGAGGAAUUUCAUCUGAACACGUCCAGCCUGCUGUGUGACUGCCAGCUGAAAUGGCUGCCCCAGUGGGUGACGGACCGCUCCUUCCAGACCCCUAUCAACGCCAGCUGUGCCCAUCCCCAGAUGCUGAAGGGAAAGAGCCUAUUGGCCGUGCAGCCGGACGAGUUUGUGUGCAAUGACUUCCCGAAGCCCCAGAUCACAGUGCAGCCAGAGACCCAGUCAGCCAUCAAGGACUCCAACGUGACCUUCGUGUGCUCGGCAGCAAGCUCCAGUGAUUCGCCCAUGACUUUCGCCUGGAAGAAGGACAACGAGGCCCUGGGUGACGCCGAGAUCCACAACCAGGCGCACCUGCGUACCCACGGCGGAGGCGAUGUCACCGAAUACACCACGGUGCUGCAGCUGCGCAACGUCGACUUCGCCAGCGAGGGCAAAUACCAGUGCGUCAUCUCCAACCACUUCGGCUCCUCGUACUCCGUCAAGGCCAAGCUCACCGUCAACAUGCUGCCAUCGUUCACCAAGACGCCCAUGGACCUGACAAUCCGCGCGGGCGCGGCCGCCCGGCUGGAGUGUGCCGCCGUUGGCCACCCCACCCCCCAGAUAGCCUGGCAGAAGGACGGUGGCACCGACUUCCCCGCUGCGCGGGAGAGGCGCAUGCACGUCAUGCCAGAGGACGAUGUCUUCUUCAUCAUGGACGUGAAGACGGAGGACAUCGGGGUGUACAGCUGCACCGCCCAGAACACGGCGGGGGCCAUAUCCGCCAAUGCCACGUUGACCGUGCUCGAAACCCCCUUCUUCCUGCGACCGAUGAUGGACCGAACGGUGGCCAAAGGAGAGACUGCAGUCCUGCAGUGCAUCGCUGGGGGGAGCCCGCCCCCGCGACUGAACUGGACCAAGGACGGCAGCCCGCUGACGCUGACGGAGCGGCACUUCUUUGCGGCCGGAACGCAACUGCUCAUCAUCGUGGAUAGCGCAGAGGGAGACGCCGGCCGCUAUACAUGCGAGAUGUCCAACCCAUUGGGAACGGAGCGGGGCAGUGCCCGCCUCAACGUGCUGCCCGCUGCCAACUGCGAGGGUGCCCCUGCCGCCGAAGAGGAUGGCUGGACCAUGGUGGGCAUUGUCAUCAUCGCGGUGGUCUGCUGCGUGGUGGGCACCUCCCUCGUCUGGGUGGUCAUCAUCUACCACACACGGCGCCGUAAUGAGGACUGCAGUGUCACCAACACGGAUGAGACCAACCUGCCCGCAGACAUCCCGAGUUACCUGUCCUCACAAGGCACUCUGGCCGAGCGACAGGACGCUUACGUGCCCUCAGAGAAUGACAGCGGGCACCAUUUUACAGUGCCCUCCAUCGGAGGGCUGUACUCUCAGCAGAAAGACGUGAACGGGCUGUUUCAUCUGGACACUGGAAGUGAGGUAGACAUGGAGGCCGCUAUAGACCCCCUGCUAUACCAUUACCAAGGGCCCUUCGGUUCCCUGCUCAGAAGAGGGAACCCCUACGUCCCAGACAGCUCUGACGUCUUCAGAACUUGUGUUCCGGACCCGAGGCCCACAUACACAGACUCUUGCAACGGCAGCCCCUCCAACCCCAAAAAGAGGGAGUGCUGCCCACGUCGCUCCUCCCUACAAGGCCCAUCCGAUCCGGCAGCCCCCGGCACAUUCCUGCAGCAGCCUGCUGCGGGGGCCCCCUCGGGCCCCUUCCUGAUCCAGGGCGAGGGGUCUCCUGUGGAUGGGGACAGCGUGGACCAGGGGCACCCGUGGGAGAGUCCACUGUCGAGCGCGUUCAUGGGGACCUUCGGGAAAGCAGCGUGGAGGCCACAGGCGGAUGGGUUCCCAGCCGCAGCGCGUCCACUGGUGACGUCAGCGGGAAAGCCGUACACGGCAGCGGACAGUGACGAGGAGCCGGAGGGCGAGGGGGUCUCGACCCUGCUGCGGGACUUUAAAUCAGAAGGGAGCGCCGGAGCCUACGGACGACCUUUAGAUGGCGGGUUCCCCCUCAGCCAGGGCGCGACAUAACCGCGAGACUCCCAAGUGACCAAAUAAAAGCUAAAGAGCUACCUCAGUCACAGACACUUCCAUGAAUGUAGGUCAUGAGGAAGGAGCGUGAACUUGAACAUUGCCUGGACUGUUUUUUAAAAAAUUUUUAAAUGGGAAAUAGAGUGCAAGAAGAUUUUAAAGAUACAUUUUUAUGCAAAAUAUAUUUUGUAAAUUAAUUGUAUGAAUAGAAUGAAUUAUUUUUUUUUUGCUUUCCCCCCCUAAAUGAUAAAACGUUUUGGAUAAACGAUCGUCUUUCCAGCUUUUUCCGAUCUGCUUUUCACACGUCAUGUUACGCGCCCUUUGCACAUAACUAAACGCAAUAAAACACAUUUCCACGCGCUGCUAUUGACAUUAAGACGCUGUGACUUUUAAAAAAAAAAAAUUUACAUUUUAUUUCCCCGUAUUUUAUUACUUUGUUUCCUGGGCGGCACAAGUGGAACAGUGAGUUUCUUUGGUUUAACGGCCUGUCAUGUAACGUUGGACUGGGCACCGGUGCAACGUGGGCGGGGGGAGCGAUCCGCCACAGACCGCCCAGGACACCGUGUGCUUGCCACCGACCCCCCACUGCGCAGUCCAUGGGUCGGCGAGUACCCCCCCCCCCCUCCGAACCGCAGCUCCAGUGGCAUGAGACCGGGCUUUGAGCCUCUUGCUGUCCCGCGUCCAAAAGGGGGGGCCCCGGUCGCUGGAGGCAGCGCCCCAGCCACACAGCUGCCUGGCCCUGGGUGCUCCGCCAUUCUCUCGUCAGAGGCCUCCCCCACAUGAUUUCCUCCCCCCAAAUCCUGCGUUUAUUUUCUUGUGCUCUCGCUGGCCACGUUCAGAGGGGUACUGUGCACAUGGUAACUCCGCUAUGGAAAACUCCUACCCCCCCAUUCAACAAAUACUCAUUUUAUUUUUUUAUAGAAUAUCUCUCUCCAGCAGACUUGGUAAUGAAUUGUCUCAGUUCUGAGUUACAAAGGAGUACCGAUGGACAGAAUCUACAAAAUGCACAUAUUGGAUAUCGCCUCUUCAAUUUCGGCUAAAAUCGAUCAGACAUGGACACAUCUGGACGGACACGUUUUAAAUUCAUCCGUGAGCUCAUUGGAUUUUUAUCCCAGUAGGGAGUUUUUAAACCUUUGUUGGAAGUCUGGCCAGUCCAAGCAGAAUGUGGAAUUGCCAGAAGACAGCACAGUCCUGCCGAACCCAAACACCUGGGCUGCAGCUGCAGUGAGGAAUGUUCGAAAGAACUGGGCCUGGCGAUGGUCAGGUGACUGAGACCGUGCGAUGCUAUUGGUGGAGAAGGGCGCUCCUUUGAACUCGAUUCCAAACAAUCUUCAGAUGGACGCCAUAACGAGAAAGCGAAGCAGCAGCCGACGUCGAGAGACUUUUCUGUAAAUCUUUUGUACUGUUCACCAGCCGUGUAUGUUUGUAAUAUAAAAUAAUAUUCUAUAAACGAUACCGAAUGUAUGGUUCCAAAAUAAAACAUUUGUUUCCCUUAGUCA